AUGGGCAGACUGGGCUACUGGGCGUUGCUGGUGCUGCCGGCUCUGCUGGUGUGGCGGAGCCCGGCACGAGCUCGCGCGGAGAAGGGUCCCCCGGCGUUGAACAUCGCGGUGCUUCUGGGCCGGAGCCACGAUGUGACAGAGCGGGACAUCCGUAGCCUGUGGGGCCGGGAGCUGGCAGGUGAGCUAGCGCUCGACGUGAAUGUGGUGGCCAUGCUGGUCAACCUUACAGACCCCAAGAGUCUCAUCACCCAUGUCUGCGACCUCAUGUCUGGAGCCCGAAUCCAUGGGCUAGUGUUUGGGGAUGACACGGACCAGGAAGCCAUCGCACAGAUUUUGGAUUUUAUCUCCUCCCAGACCUUCAUCCCUAUCCUGGGGAUACAUGGUGGUGCCUCCAUGAUCAUGGCUGAUAAGGCCCAAGAAAGCAUUCAGCCAAGCACAAUAAAGAGAGAAGCCAUUGAUACGCAACAAGGACAUUACCCUUUACUCUUGGCAGCCUCUUCCUUCCAGUUGACUGCUAUCUGUAUCACUAUGUCAUGUCAGGAGCCCUACACUGGAAGUCUUGGAAACGGCGAGCUCACGUUGAACACUUUAGGAGACUAA